UGAGCACCCCUUACCAAGUUAUUGAUUCAGGCUCUGAGCAGUUUUACAACCUUAACAACACUUGGAAAAUGAGUAACAUGGCAACAGAGAUUGUUGCCUUUGUGCUGAGCGUAUCUGGCUGGAUUCUCAUCUCUUCCACGCUCCCGACCGACUACUGGAAGGUGUCAUCGGUGGACGGGACAGUCAUAACCACGGCAACCUUUUGGUCCAAUCUGUGGAAGACGUGCGUUACAGAUUCCACAGGGGUUUCGAACUGCAAGGACUUUCCUUCUAUGCUAGCACUUGAUGCUUAUAUCCAGGUAUGUCGAGGGCUGAUGAUCUCAGCUGUGUGUCUGGGAUUCUUCGGAGCUAUUCUGGCUCUAAUUGGCAUGAAGUGUACUAAGAUUGGGGGCACAGAGACCACCAAAGCCAGGAUCACCUGUUUAUGUGGACUACACUUUAUUCUCAGUGGAAUCUGCUCUAUGACCGCCUGUUCUCUGUACGCACACAGGAUAACAAAUGAGUUUUUUGACCCAUUAUUUGUGAAACAGAAAUUUGAACUUGGGGCGGCCCUGUUUAUUGGCUGGGCAGGAUCUGUUCUCAGCAUCCUUGGAGGCUUUGUCUUCUGCUUCUCUAUGACAGAAGGAUUCAGCAUCAGCGAGUACUCUUACAACGGUGAAACAUCUUUCAUAUCAACCCAAAACAAGGUCACCAAGAUCACAAAGACCUCGGAAGUUUCUCAGGCACACCCCCCAGAUCAAAUCAGAUUCUCUGGCAGACGGUUUGGGAAAAAUGCGUACGUUUGAUUUUCUUUUAAAAGCCUUGAACUGAUAAGAACGGAGGGUCAAACAGUAUACACGGUGUACAGUCCACUAUCAGACAUGUCCCCGAAUGAAGGACUCAGAAAACAAAAGACUGAAACAUCAAUGUAGGAAGAGAGUUUUAUAUUUUCGGAGAUGCAUAAAGUUGAUUACUGUUUUUUUAUGUUAUAGAAAUUCUCAUGUUACUGUUAACAUGUCAGGGAUUGUAUCUUCUAAUGGAAGGGUGCCAUUUAAUGUUUUGCUUUAUACCUAAAAAUGAAAAAUUACAAUUCAAGAAAGAUUCUUAGUUUUGAUGAACAAUAUGUUUUAUAUAUUUACAUAGAAAAUCCUGAAUAAAUCUCAUCACAUCACAGAACAUAUAUUAACACAUUUCAACACAAACCUUCUUGAUGAUAUUUGUAAUUAAUCGAUUCAAUCAUUUUGAGAUUUAAAUGUUUUUGGGGGCAAAAAUCAAUCCACUUUAAUCUCAUCGGUUUGACAAUGACUGAACAUCUCUACCUUAAACCGAUCCUAAGUCAGAUGAACCGACGACAGGCCUCAAAAGAACAGACAAGAACCUCAGCUGCGCUCCACUGACCACAGGAACAUGCUGUCUCGAUUCGGAAAUUGAGUCGGAAAUCACUUAUUGCUCCAGACCUGGAGUCUCUCCUCACCUCCUGAUCACUGGAAACUUUAGACCCUGGAGCUUCCGCAGACUGCUGCCAGAGUCUUCAUGUCGUGUCAGAUACCUUCUUUAAAAAGGAAUCAGUGUCUCUCUGCUCAAUUUGUGAGAAGGUUUGAAAAGAUUUUGUGACAUAAUAAAAGGGAAAUUCAGCAUUUUGUCAUUUGUCUUUUUAAUUAAUUUAUUUUCGUGGUGUUGGAUUGACUUACUAUUGUAAAUAGAAAAGUGAUAUACAGUAACUAUUCGAAUGACCAAUUUUUUAAAUGUAAAA